AUGGAGAUGCCCAGGCCUUAUCGUGUUAUUACAUCUGAACCUUUCUUCAGUGCUAGAGAAGUACAGAGGCCCAGUGAUGACAUCACCGGGACUAAAGAUAUGCCCUUCUGUCCCGGCAAGUAUCGCCCUUCUGUCCCUGCAAGUAUCGCCCUUCUGUCCCGGCAAGUAUCGCCCUUCUGUCCCGGCAAGUAUCGCCCUUCUGUCCCUGCAAGUAUCGCCCUUCUGUCCCUGCAAGUAUCGCCCUUCUGUCCCUGCAAGUAUCGCCCUUCUGUCCCGGCAAGUAUCGCCCUUCUGUCCCGGCAAGUAUCGCCCUUCUGUCCCUGCAAGUAUCGCCCUUCUGUCCCGGCAAGUAUCGCCCUUCCGUCCGGGCAAGUAUCGCCCUUCCGUCCCGACAAGUAUCGCCCUUUCGUCCCGGCAAGUAUCGCCCUUCCGUCCCGGCAAGUAUUGCCCUCCUGUCCCGGCAAGUAUCGCCCUCCUGUCCCGGCAAGUAUCGCCCUUCUGUCCGCUGGUCCCUCACAUGAUAUGAACCAGACAAUGGCCAAUGGUCCACCGCAGGAGAGCCCGAGGCAAAGCCACAUGUAUUACCCUCAGCUUAGGCCGGGCUACAUCGCAAUUCCAGUCCAUCAUGAUGGUGUGGACAACCAACAGCAAUACCUGUACUACAAUCUACCGCAGCCAGCCAAGCAGAGAGUCAAGUGUGAGCCUCCCAAGCGGCCGCAGUCUCCCCAGGUUGGCUUCAACCGCCCUCAAUCUCCUGCUUGGAACGCACCAGAACCUCCUCAGCCGGAGAGACCCAGCAGCCAGCACUCUGGAUCUCCGCAAGGACCAUCGCCGCCUCCUUCUGUCGCGGACUCGAGCAGCCCGUCGCAGUCUCCUGGCUGGCAGGGCCCCGGGAGACCAAGCGCCGGGAGUCACCCGUUACCACGGGGCUAUAUUCCUAUACCGGUGAUCCAUGAAGGAAACGGGACCCGCCAGUCUCCUCAGAAUGUCCAGCAGGCGCAGAAGACCGUCUACCCGCAGCCCGACUAUCAGUCUCACCACCCAGUGUUCCACAAAGUCCAGGACGAGAGAGACUCCAAGCAGCCAGUGAAAGGAAAAACGAUGUCUAGUCGAGACAGUUCCCCGUCCAGAGUGAGCUCGCCGUCUCCAUCUUCUACCCGAGUUCAGCAGAUUCCUUUGCAAAGGAUCUCCCCUUCAAGAGUUCAGAUGGAUAAUACUCCCACCACAGUGCCCGUGCAGAUGGGCUCUCCCACCACAGUGCCCGUGCAGAUGGGCUCUCCCACCACAGUGCCCGUACACAUGGGCUCUCCCACCACAGUGCCCGUGCACAUGGGCUCUCCCACCACAGUCACCAUGCAGAUGGGCUCCCCCACCGCAGUGCCUCUACAGACAAGAUCAGCCACCCCAACCCAGUCUCAAAUGAGAUCAGCUACCAUUGACUCAACCCAGACAACCUCAGCCACUCCGAGCCCAAACCAGGCUGGCUCUGCCACUGCCACUAGCCCAGUCCAGGCAGGACCUGCCAGCAUUAGCUCAGCCCAGACCGGUCUUGCCACCGAUACUCCAGGCCAAUUCUCAAACACCGCGCCAGCGCAGCCCAGCUGGGCAGAAGCCGAAUGUAAACCAUCAUACGUCCAGAAAGAAGGCAAGGAUGAGAUGCAAGCUACAAAUGUUGUGGAGGAACGCCCUGACUUCGUAGAGGCUGAAGUAGCAGAACCCCAAGAAAAGCAUCACGGAGUGCUGCAGGUGGAGCGGAUAUUGGGCAGGGUGCAAGCACUGCAGGAAGCGGUUGCCAACUUCCGGGGCAGGAAAAACGAAAAGAAAUAUCUGAUGCUGGAGGAAUACCUUACCAAAGAGCUGCUGGCCCUAGACUCGGUAGACCCCGAAGGCCGUAUAGAUGUUCGCCAGGCAAGGAGGGAUGGUGUCAGGAAAGUUCAGAACAUUUUGGAGGCUCUGGAACAGAAAGCCAUCAAUAACCAGACUAUGGACAUGUCUGCAAGCUCACAAGAUCCAGUGGAGGGUGGUGCACAGUCCGGCAUGCUAGGCAAGCCCACC